UCUCUGUUCCCCUGACCUUCCCAUCGCACUGCAGAAAAACACGCAUGUACCCGGACACCAGGACACCCACAUACAAGCCAUAUAAUAUGUAUGCGUAUCCACCAAUCAAUCAGACUCGUCACGCACGUAACGGGGAAGCGCGUAGCACCAACAUAGCCACACACAGCAGCCAGGAGUGCACUCUCUCCCCCAACCAUGCAACGGUCCGAUACACCCAACAACAUGCGUCCUGCAUAUACAACCUGAAAUGCGAUGUACACCAAUCCUACUCAAAAAUAAAUGGGACGAGCACCUCGGAACUGCGCCCAGCAUAGGCACACGCAACCCCGACUGCGGCUACACAGGGAGUCCCCCCCGACGGGCACUCACCCUGAACACAAACGCCGCUGCUCCUAUUUCCAUGUCCACUGACACCCCCAAAAGCAAGGGUGGGU